UCUCUCUCUUUCGCUCUCUCUCAAAUCUCUCACACUGUCUCUUGGACCAUUCCUCUCACUCUGCCUCCAAAAUGUCUGCUGCUAGGUCACAGAGAUCAUCCAUGAUCUCUCCCUCCCGUCCUCGUAGAUCGCCGGCGAGUAUUCCGACGAAACGACCGGAAACUCCUUCCUCUCAGUUUUCUCCCUCUCCGGCGGCUUCUUCGAGUCCACUCCUACGUUCUAGUCCAAGUCCGUCUACCUCCUCCGCCGAUCGGACAUUCGCCGCCGCCUCCGGUACGGCUGUUACUUCCUCGAAACUGAAGGAGAAUAUAACAGUCACGAUUCGCUUCCGUCCUCUCAGUCCGCGAGAGGUCAAUAAUGGAGACGAGAUUGCCUGGUAUGCAGAUGGAGACUACACUAUUCGGAACGAGUACAACCCAGCUCUUUGUUAUGGCUUUGAUAGAGUCUUUGGUCCACCAACCACAACCCGUCGUGUUUAUGAUAUUGCUGCUCAGCAAGUUGUUAGUGGGGCAAUGUCAGGAAUAAAUGGUACUGUGUUUGCUUAUGGAGUUACUAGCAGUGGGAAGACUCAUACAAUGCAUGGGGAGCAAAGGUCACCUGGAAUAAUUCCGUUGGCGGUAAAGGAUGUAUUCAGCAUUAUUCAGGAGACACCAGAACGGGAAUUCCUUCUUCGUGUUUCAUAUCUUGAGAUAUACAAUGAGGUCAUAAAUGACUUACUAGAUCCGACGGGGCAGAAUCUAAGAAUACGAGAGGAUUCUCAGGGCACAUAUGUUGAAGGUAUUAAAGAUGAGGUUGUCUUAUCCCCUGCUCAUGCUCUAUCCCUCAUAGCAUCUGGAGAAGAACACAGGCAUGUUGGUUCAAACAAUGUCAAUCUUUUUAGCAGUCGGAGCCACACAAUGUUCACCUUGACUAUAGAAAGCAGUCCACAUGGAAAGGGAGAGGACGGCGAAGAUGUUACUCUCUCUCAAUUGCACCUUAUUGAUCUUGCUGGAUCUGAAAGUUCUAAAAGUGAAAUAACUGGACAGCGGAGGAAAGAGGGCUCUUCCAUCAAUAAAAGUUUACUUACCCUAGGCACUGUUAUAUCUAAAUUGACAGACACCAAGGCAGCUCAUAUACCCUACAGGGAUUCUAAACUUACGCGUCUCUUGCAGUCAACACUUAGUGGCCAUGGACGAGUAUCACUUAUUUGCACUAUCACACCUGCAUCCAGCACAAGUGAAGAGACUCACAACACACUGAAAUUCGCUCAGAGGUGCAAGCAUGUUGAAAUCAAAGCUUCACGAAAUAAGAUUAUGGAUGAAAAGUCACUAAUCAAAAAGUAUCAGAAAGAAAUAUCAUGUUUACAAGAGGAGCUUACACAACUGAGGCAUGGGGUUUCUAUGUCAACGUCUAACCAAGAAGAUUUGGCUGAUCGAAAACUUCAGGUUAAACUCCAGUUAAGGUUGGACGAGGAGGAUGAAGCUAAGGCUGCUCUAAUGGGAAGAAUUCAACGAUUGACAAAAUUAAUCUUGGUUUCAACAAAAAGUUCACUGGAAGCAAAAUCAUCUGUAAAACCUGACCAUAUAUGGAGGCAUACUUUUGGAGAGGAUGAGCUAGCUUACUUGCCCGAUAGAAGACGGGAGAACAAUGCUGAUGAUGAUGCUAAAAGCACUGUUACUGAAAAUUUCAAGGAGCCAAGAGAUGGAACUAGUAGUUUAGACGAGAUGACAAAGGACCGGAAAAAGACUAAGGCUCGUGGAAUGCUUGGCUGGUUAAAACUGAAAAAAUCUGAUGGUGUGGCUGGGCCAGUGCUGACUGAUGGUAACCAGUGCUCUGCAAGUGGAUCUCCUUCAUCUUCCUCUAAGGGCUCACAAACAAAAUCAACCAGAAGAGAAAAUGCCGCAAAUAACAAGUCUUUUCCAGAAAGAACUGUUGCAGGAGACUUGUUCAGUGCAACUGUUGGACCAGGAGACCCUUCUCUGAUUGGAACCACUAUUGCGGAUCAAAUGGAUCUUCUUCAUGAGCAGACAAAAAUACUAGUCGGAGAAGUAGCAUUGCGUACCAGUUCAUUGAAAAGGCUUUCCGAACAAGCUGCUCGCAACCCUGAAGAUGUCCAUAUCAGAGAUCAAAUACAAAAACUGGAAGAUGAAAUCAGUGAAAAGAAGGAUCAAAUACGUGCGCUCGAGCAACAAAUGAUUGGAACUUUCGGAAUGAGUCAUACCACAGACUCUCUUGGAAUGUCCCAGGUUCUGUCGAAGCUCACUAUGCAACUAAAUGAAAAAAUCUUUGAACAUGAGAUAAAGUCUGCAGACAAUAGGAUACUUCAGGAGCAGCUCCAGAUGACUAAAUCAGAGAACGCUGAGAUGCAAGAGACGAUCAUCCUACUAAGGCAACAACUCGAUUCGUUAGCCGAGAGGCAAUCAACAUAUACACAGCAAAUCGUAGGAGACGAAUCAUCAGGGAAGAAUACUGACAACAGAAAUGGUGAGGAGUCAGAAAUCUACUCUGGAGCAGGAACACCGACCAGCGUGAUGAGCUUAAAUAGAGUAUUUGCUCAGGAAGAGACUAAAGAGAUCAAAGACGAGACAACUCUCAACUCUCAGGCUUUGGAAAUAGAGAAUUUGAAGAAGGAGAAGAUGAGACUGAUCGAGGAAAAAGAUGAGUUUGGAAAACUUAAUAAGAAACUCACAGAAGAAGCUUCUUAUGCUAAAGAAUUGGCGUCUGCUGCAGCAGUAGAACUCCAGAAUUUGGCUGAAGAAGUUACCAGACUCUGCAAUGAAAACGCAAAACUGAGCAGGUGAAAAAAAGGUUACAAGCCUCUGUUGUUGCUAAACAUGACUCCAGCUUCAAGAUAAUUCUGCAAAGUGGAUCAUCAUCAUUGACCUUUAAUGCAAAUUUUAGACUAGUUGAAAUGUGAUGAUGAAUGCAUCAAAGGGAGAAAUGUUCUUGGAUAUCAUGAUGCUUCGAUCUCCCAAAAGAUAAAGAUUCAAUCCAGACACAAAAAAGUUGGUUUGUAUUGCAUCGAUCGCCUUUGAAUUUAACGUCUGAUGACAAACACAUUUGUAAAUAUUCUCACAAGAAUUUGUUUUUCUUGCACUUUGUGACUACUGUUUUUGUAUGUUCUUCUUAGGUCGAACCGACCAUGUUGCAACAAGUCCAAUUAUUA